GGACAUCUUAUAAAAAAUCCUUUGAAGGUAGCACCGAGUCAGUAUAGUAAACUUGCUGCUGGUAUUGAGCUCGUGUGAUAGGUAAUACACGCAGUGACUGUAGUUAGGACCUUAAAACACAACUAUCCGGACUUUGGAAACUUUUCAGGACUAUCUUCUACCAGCUAACUCCGACUGCGUCAAACAUGAACCCCACGCUGUUCGUGCUCGUGUUCCUGGUGUCUGCGGCAGCCGCUGAGUCGAUACGGGAGACAGAAACCAUGGACCGAAGAGGAUUUUAUGAAGAUAUUGAAGCCUCUGGAAAUUAUGAUGACGAUGAAGAUAUUGAUGAAAGCACAUAUACCACGGACUCCAAAGAUUCUGAUUACGAUUCUUAUGAGUCAUCUGGUUCUGGCGAUUCAGAUGAAGAGGAAUCCACUGUGGACAUAACUACUACUUUGGGUAACAGAAUUCCUGAAGAUGACAUAAUGCCAAAGGAUAAAAAUGACUAUGAUGUGAGCGACACCAAUGAUAUAAUUAUUCCAAGGAAAACAAGUGAUCAGGGGAAUCUUGAACCAUCAAAUGAAAUCUCAAUGGCAAGCACUGGUAACGGAGGCUUCUUCAACAGAAAAGAAGUUGUGGUUGCUCUUGUCGCAGGUACACUUGUUGGCCUAGUAUUUGCAGUGUUGAUAAUCGUUGUCUUGGUUAUGCGUCUGCAAAAGAAAGAUGUAAAUGGCUGCGAUUCUGUCAAGAAACCAAUCUACAAGAAGGCUCCAACAAUUGAGGCUUAAACGACCCUCAUUCUGAUGAGACUGAUAAAAGCAUUUGAAAGCUGAGAAAUUCUUGUCUUACUACAAAUGCAUCCACGUUCCUGAUAUCUAAAAGUGAUUUUUACAAAAUCUUUUAUGAGAGUUUGACUAAAUAUCAAAAAGCAUACGCUGGUCAUAACCUCUUAAAACACAAACAUUCCCAGUUUUUUUUAUUUUUUUAUUUUUUUUAUUUUUUUUUUAAAUCCAGAGGUACUUGUGGGGAAAAAAACACCAUACACUAAGUUAAGAAGGACCUUUGUGCCGCCACCCAUACUUAAACACUAAUUCGUAUAGGUUAAGAGUAAUUUAAUGGUCACUGUACUGAAAAAAAAAUUUUAUAUGUAUACUAUGUAAUUUUUUUUUUUCUCUUGCAUUCUGCUGUAGGUAUAUAAUGUAUACCUGGUAAUAUACAGGAGUUGCUCUAAAAAUGCUCCUGCUUGCCUCCUUGUUUCAGGGAACAAAAUAACCAGCUACAACGUAAACAUUUUUUAAUCAAGGCAAAAUAAGGAGCAAUGUACACAAUCCACUAUGUAAUGGUACUAUUUUGACAAAUACAAAUCUUCUAUAAAAGCCAGUAUAGCAUCUGACUAGG